GCUCUUCCGGAGGCGUCGUAUGAGAAGAGAUUCUUCCGAUUGAUACUGUUAUCACUUUACCCCUUUUGUAUAUCAACCCGGAUUAUUACACACUUCCGUCUUUCUGUCAGCGGCUUUCCCCCUUUCCUGUUUCCGGGUCAUCACGUGAGCAAUUCUAGAGUGCAAUACCGAGUUCUCAAGGCGCGAAACAGCACGCACGAGAGGAUGUCAUCCUCCAACGCUUCCCCACUUUAUCCAGAUAAAUCUUCAAUAGCAAGAAAGUGAUGUGGUAAUAGUGAUAGAUGGAGGGGCAAACGGCAGUCGUCAAAGGCAGUAGCAACUUGUGACAUCAGUAUCAAGUCCCCACUGUGGGGUGGUCUCCUAGCUCUGGUCGAUGCAACAGAAAAAACUUCAUCAUAGAUUUGUGAUGUAGCUUACAAAUGCAAUUUUUCCUAUUAUAUCUGCUCAGUUGAAUUCAAUUGGAAUUCCGCGCGCUCAUCCAGUUCCAUCUAUUUCAAUAUGUCCAAGAAUCACGCAGUCAUUGUCCAGAAAGCCGGUGAGUCUCAAGUCCAAGAGACCUCCAUUCCCAAGCUUCGAGAUGACUAUAUUCUUGUCAAAACCAAAUGUGUUGCUUUGAACCCAACAGACUGGAAGCAUCUCGACUUUCUGACCGGUAAAGGAGUUCUACUAGGUUGCGACUACGCCGGCGUCGUCGAAGAAGUCGGAAGCAAAGUCUCCAAGCCUUUCAAGAGAGGAGACCGCGUCAGUGGAUUCUGCCACGGCGGAAACGUACUAAACCACGAAGACGGAGCAUUCGCAGAAUACAUCACCGCAAAAGGAGAUGUCCAAAUCAAGAUCCCAGACAACAUGAGCUUCGAAGAAGCCGCCACUCUCGGCGUAGGAGUAACAACCUGCGGCCAGGGCCUCUACCAAUCUCUGCAACUCCCCUUGCCCACCAAACCCGCAACGCAGAAGACUUACGUCUUGAUCUACGGCGGCAGCACCGCAACAGGUACUCUGGCCAUCCAAUACGCGAAGCUCUCCGGUUUGACGGUAGUGACAACCUGCUCUUCUCGGAAUUUCGACUACGUGAAGAGCCUCGGAGCAGAUGCAGCAUUCGACUACAACUCCCCUUCCUGCUCAAAGGACAUCCAAGCCUGGUCCAAUGACUCCAUCCACCACGCCCUCGACUGCAUCUCGGAAGGCAACUCGCCGGCAAUCACCAUCCCGGCCAUGUCCACUUCAGGUGGCAUCUACUCUACACUUCUCCCAGUUCCUGAAUCCGAUAUCCGGAAAAUAAAUCCAAACGUUGAGCUCAAGCAUACACUGGCAUACACAGUAGUUGGCGAGUUUUUUAAGUUUGGGCCGAAGGAGUUCCCUGCGAUGCCGCAGGAUUUCGAGUUCGGGAAGAUGUUCUGGGAGAUGAGUAGGGAGCUGUUCGAGCAAGGGAAGCUGAAAGUUCAUAAGAUUAGCUUGGAUAAGUAUGGGAAGGGAUUUGAGGGCGUGUUGAAGGGUAUGAAUGCUAUGCGGAAGGGUGAGGUUAGUGGGGAGAAGUUGGCUGUCACUGUGUAG